GUGGAUGCUAUAAAGAGCAGCACCAAACCCCACAGCCAAAUCCAAAAUCCUAAUUUUUUUUUUAAUGAUUUUCCAAAUUCCCAAUAAACUUUGAACUUUGGGCCCCAAAAUUUGAAUCCUCAAAGGUAGCCUUAUUCCCUUCAAAAGCCCUCCUUUCCUCUCAUCUUUGUUUAUCAGGCUAUCUCCAUAUCUCAUAUCUCCACCAUAAAAACCCUAGCAAAACCCUAGCCUUCAAAAUCCACAUCCCAUUUCCAAUACUCCCAAAAAUGGCCAAAAAGAAAUUGUCCCACCAAUCCAAAGACCGCAAACAACAAAACCCAUCUCAGGAAACCCAUGACUCUGUCAAAGAAUCAACCUUUGCAAAAUCUUCCAACCCUAUGAGCCGCCAUUCUUCCAUGGAAGAUCCUAAUGAGAAGCUCCAAAAUCUUAAGUCUCUUAACUCUUUACUUGUCAAGGAGGCCUUUGAAAGGAGACAACAGAUUGAAUCAUUGGUUCAAGCCAAAGAAGCCCUUGAGGCUGAGUUGAGUGAAAGGAAGGAACUUGAGGGUGAGAAGAGUGAGAAAAAUGUGAGCUUGGAGUUGCAAAAUGGGUUGCUUUCGGUUUAUAUGGAAACCCAAAUGAAGGAAAUGGGUCUUGAGAGGGAAGGGGAGAUUGGGGCGUUGAAAAGUAAGGUAAAUGGACUAAUGUGUAGUCUUGAAAAUGAGAGAGAAAGAUUGAGUUUGGCUUGUACAGAGAGAGAUUUGGCAAGGAAUGACUUUGAGUUGCAGGUUAAUGAGGGUAGUUUGAUGAAAGAGAAACUGAUGGAAAUGGAGAAAAAUGAGAGGAAAUUUGUGGAAGAGGUUGGAAAACUGAGAAUGGAAUAUGAUAAGUUGGUUGGGGAGAAAGAGGAGUUAGAGAAGGUGAAGAGUUCGGUGCUGAAGGAGAAAGAUUUGUUGGAAAAAAGCAUUAAGGAUAUGGAAAAAGAAGUUGAGCUUUUGAGAAAAAGGAUUGAAAAUGUUGUGAGGGAGAAGAAAGAGAUUGAGAUGGAGAAAAAUGAGCAAAAAAUGAAGAUUGAUGAGAUGGAAAAGGAAAUGUGGGAAAUGGGUGAGGUUAUAUCGAGUUUGAGGAAGGAAGAGGGGAUUUUGCGGUUUAAAGUUUUGGAGUUGGAAAAGAAUUGUGGUGAAGCUAUGGAUAGAGAGGCUGAACGGGCAAUAGAGAUCGGUGCAUUGGUGGAGGAGAAGAGAGCAAAAGAAAGGAGUAUUGAGAGGUUAAUGGAGGAAAAGGAUUUUGUCUCUAGAUCAUUGGAGGUGACAACGGUGGAGUCAGAGGAUAGGCAGAGAAGAAUUGAGAAGUUAUUGGAGGAAAGUGAUGCAGCUAGAAGAGUGUUGGAAAUGAAUGAGAAGGAAAUAAAGGAUAUGCAAAAUAAGAUUGAGGACUUGCUUGGAGACAGAAAUGAGAUUGAGAGGGUCAAGGUUGGUCUUGAGAAUGAAAAUGUCGAGUUGUUGAAAGAAGUGAGUGAGCUGAGGAAUGUUGUGAACAGGCUGCAAGAGGCAUGCUGGGAUCACGAAAAAAAGAAUAAAGAAUUGGUUUCUGAAGUUAGCCGUUUUAGAGAUUCAUUUGAGCAAGUAACACUUGAGAGGGACAAUGCUUUGAAAGGAUUGGAUGAGGAGAAGCAGAAUGGUGUUAACUUGAGAUUGAAAGUUUCAGAAGUGGAGAAAGUGCUUGAGAAAACUGCAGAAGAGCUGGCACAAAAGAGAACUGAGUGGCAGAACCUAACCAAGGAAAAGAAGGAGAUGGAGAGUCACUUUGGAUCAAUGACUGAAGAUAAAGAUAGGUUGCAGGAGGACCUUUUGGAGGCAAAACGAAGUUUUAAUUUUUUGAGGGCUAAAAUGGAAUCAACCAGCAUUAAUUACGAGCGAGCAUUGACUCUGUUGAAGAACACUGCUUUGCUGUUAUGUCGAUCUAAAGAUGAAAAUGAUCGAAAGGAGAAGGAAGAAGCAAUUAUUGCUGAACAGAAGAUUGAAGAUGAAGUUGAACCAUAUGCGGCAGAAUUAGAGGCAAUCAAACAAGCAUUUAAGAAUAAAGAGACAGUGGAACAAGAUUUGAAGCAGAAAGUUGAGUUUAUGGAGAAAUCCAUGGUGGAAGCACAAAAGAAAAAGAGUUUCUGGACUUGGGUCUCCUCAGCAACAACUCUUUUGGCUGCUGUAACUGUUGCAUAUGUUGCAAGAGGACGUUAAAUGGUUUGGUUUAUUGGUAGUUUUGUUUGUAGCACAAGGUUUUCUUACUUCUAGGAUUAACUGAGAAAAAACUGUGACAACAUGCUAUGUUGCUACUUUUGAACUUCAGCUCAGUGAUAAAUAAUGCUAUUUGGAUAAGUCAAGAAUCACAACCUCAA